AUGGGAAAUGGAGAUGGGAACAUCAAUGAGAUUCCCGUAACCUUGAAUGGUGGGAAUUAUGAAGGGGAAAAGUGUGAGGCACGAAUGGAAAUAUUAGCAUCUUUAACUGCGGUGAGAAUAAGCCAUCUGUUUUUUGCAGAUGACUGUCUUCUUUUCUGUAAAGCAAAUCCAUUGGAAUGGGCUAGGUUAUCUCAUCUUCUUGACACCUAUGAGCUGGCAAGUGGUCAAAGACUCAAUAAGGAAAAAACAUCAAUUCUGUUCAGCAGAAAUACUAAAGAUGAAGCUCGAGAUCUAAUCACUCAAAUGGCAGGAGUUCAAUCUUCUCUACCUUAUGGCAAAUAUUUAGGCCUUCCUGUGGAGAUUGGAAGAUCAAAAACCAAGGCCUUUAGAAGUAUUAUUGACAAAGUUAGAGGGAGGAUUAGCAACUGGAAAUUGAAGUUUUUAUCUCAGGCUGGUAAAGAGAUCUUUAUAAAGUCCAUUAUCCAAGCUAUCCCUACUUAUUGCAUGGGUGUAUUUAAGAUUCCUAAGUCUCUUCCAUUAGAAAUUGGUCGAUUGACUCAACAAUUCUGGUGGGGUCAGAAAGCUGAGGAGAGAAAGAUGCAUUGGUGUCACUGGGAUAAGAUGAUUAAGGCCAAAGCAGCGGGGGGUUUAGGAUUCAGAGAUCUUGAACAUUUUAAUCAUGCAAUGUUGGCUAAACAAUGA